AUGUGGAUAACCGUUCGCAGAGGCCGAUGGCAAGCACUGUUUGUCAUUCUUUGUCUUUUCAAGCUGAGCUCAGUGACUGGACAGGCUCGGUAUUCCAUACCGGAGGAGCAAGCAGAAGGAUCUCUUGUUGGAAACAUUGCUAGAGAUUUAGGCUUGGAUGUGGCGAGGCUUAUAUCAGGUAAAGCUCGUAUUAUUACAAAAGGAAGUCGACAGUAUGUUGAUUUAAUCCGGGACAAAGGCACACUUGUUAUUAAAGAGCGAAUAGACCGAGAAGAGCUUUGUGGACAGACGACGCCCUGUAGCUUCAGUUUCGAGGUAAUUUUAGAAAACCCGAUCCAGCUUUAUCGGGUAACAGCGGAGGUGAUAGACAUUAACGAUAACAGUCCGUCGUUCCCAAAGGAUGAGAUCAAUUUGAAAAUUGUUGAAAAUGCUGCAGCGGGGACGCAUUUCUCUUUGGUGAGUGCAGACGACCCUGAUGUUGGUAUUAAUGAUAUUCAGAAAUACACACUUAAACCCUCAGAUAAUUUCAAAUUGGAAGUCCAGAGCCAACCGGAUGGAGGCAGAUUUAUCGAAAUGGUUUUACAGAACCCGUUAGACCGAGAGAAAGAGGAGACUCACACGCUCAUACUGAUUGCUUCAGAUGGCGGUGAGCCACAUAGAUCAGGGACGGUGCGUAUUCACAUUACUGUGCUAGAUGCUAACGAUAAUGCACCAGUGUGUAGCCAGCCUGUUUAUAAAGCAGAUGUCAGGGAAAAUUCUCCUGAAGGAACGGUGGUAACCACUGUUAGUGCAAAUGACGCAGAUAAAGGAGUCAAUGGUGAAGUAACUUACUCCAUUCCUCAUGUCGCCAAAGAGGCGAAGCAGCUGUUCGAAGUCAAUGUCAAAACUGGAGAGAUUAAAGUUACAGGUAAACUAGAUUUUGAAAAAUCCAAGACCUACCAAUUGAAUGUUCAGGCUAGUGACCACGGGGGAUUCACUGAUACGUGCAAGGUUAUUAUUCAAAUACUUGAUGAGAAUGACAACGUCCCUACAAUACAGCUUAUGUCAUUUUCUAACUCUAUAUCGGAGGAUUCUUCCCCAGGGACAACUAUAGCUGUUGUUAACGUGGAUGAUGAAGACUCUGAGGGUAACGGUGUAGUCAAGUGCUCCAUUAACUCUGACGUACCUUUCAAAAUUGAGUCUUCGUUAACAGGAUAUUAUACUAUAGUAACAGAGGACUUCUUAGACAGAGAAAAUAUUCCUGAGUAUAAUAUCACCAUUACCGUCUCUGACCAAGGCUCUCCGCCUCUGUCUAGCAGUAAAAACAUUAAUGUUAAAGUGUCUGACGUGAAUGACAACCCACCCAAAUUCGACCAAUCAGAAUAUAGGAAGACUGUACCAGAGAACAACUCUCCUGGAUUCUCUGUGUUUACUCUCAGUGCUAGUGAUGCAGACUGGGGUCAAAACGCCCGAGUGUCUUACUUCCUGGAGGAGAAAGAGAUUAACGGAGUAGCUGUGUCGUCAUUAGUGUCAGUAAACUCAGAAAAUGGUGUCGUUCAUGCAGUGAGGUCGUUUGAUUAUGAACAAAUCAAGUGGUUUGAGUUUAAUGUAACUGCUCGUGAUGCCGGAUCCCCUCCUCUGAGUUCAGUGGCUACAGUUAAAGUAAUAAUCCAGGAUCAGAACGACAACCCCCCUCAGGUUCUGUACCCAGUCCAGACCGGUGGCUCUCUGGUGGCUGAAAUGGUGCCUCGUUCAGCAGAUGUGGGCUAUCUGGUCACUAAAGUGGUGGCUGUUGAUGUGGACUCUGGACAGAAUGCCUGGCUCUCCUAUAAACUGCAGAAAGCCACAGACAGGGCGCUGUUUGAAGUGGGCUUACAGAAUGGAGAAAUAAGAACUAUCCGCCAGGUGACUGAUAAAGAUGCUGUGAAACAAAGACUGACUGUUAUAGUGGAGGACAACGGGCAGCCCUCUCGUUCAGCUACAGUCAUUGUUAACGUGGCAGUGGCGGACAGCUUCCCUGAAGUGCUGUCAGAGUUCACUGACUUUACACACGACAAGGAGUACAAUGACAACCUGACUUUUUACUUAGUGUUGGCUCUGGCUGUAGUUUCCUUCCUCUUCAUCACGUGUUUAGUGGUUAUUAUAUCAGUGAAAAUCUACAGAUGGAGGCAGUCUCGCAUCCUGUACCACUCCAAUCUCCCUGUGAUUCCAUAUUAUCCACCACGUUACUCAGACACUUUGGGGACAGGGACUCUCCAACACGUGUACAAUUACGAGGUGUGCAGGACGACUGACUCCAGGAAGAGUGACAUGAAAUAUAUACAACCGAUGAGUCAAAGUUUAGUGAGUGUGGAUGGAGAUGGGGCUGAUACACCGCAAGUGGAAAAGCAACUGUCAGGCAACUGUUCUCAAAUGUCAACCUUGCUGAGCUCAGUGACUGGACAGGCUCGGUAUUCCAUACCGGAGGAGCAGGCAGAAGGGUCUUUUGUUGGAAACAUUGCUAAAGAUUUAGGCUUGGAUGUGGCGAGGCUCAUAUCAGGUAAAGCUCGUAUUAUUACAAAAGGAAGUCGACAGUAUGUUGAUUUAAUCCGGGACAAAGGCACACUUGUUAUUAAAGAGCGAAUCGACCGAGAAGAGCUUUGUGGACAGACGACGCCCUGUAGCUUCAGUUUCGAUGUAAUUUUAGAAAACCCGAUCCAGCUUUAUCGGGUAACAGUGGAGGUAAUAGACAUUAACGAUAACAGUCCGUCGUUCCCAAAGGAUGAGAUCAAUUUGAAAAUUGCUGAAAAUGCUGCAGCGGGGACUCGUUUCUCACUAGAGAGUGCAGAAGACCCGGAUGUUGGUAUGAAUAAUAUUCAGAAAUACACACUUAAACCCUCAGAUAAUUUCAAAUUGGAAGUCCAGAGCCAACCGGAUGGAGGCAAAUUCAUCGAAAUGGUUUUACAGAACCCGUUAGACCGAGAGAAAGAGGAGACUCACACGCUCAUACUGAUUGCUUCAGAUGGCGGUGAGCCACAUAGAUCAGGGACGGUGCGUAUUCACAUUACUGUGCUGGAUGUAAACGAUAAUGCACCAGUGUGUAGCCAGCCUGUUUAUAAAGCAGAUGUCAGGGAAGGUUCUCCUGAAGGAACUGUGGUAACCACUGUUAGUGCAAAUGACGCAGAUAAUGGAGUCAAUAGUGAAGUAACUUACUCUAUCGCUCAUGUCGCCAGAGAGGCGAAGCAGCUGUUUGAAGUCAAUGUUAAAACAGGAGAGAUUAAAGUUACAGGUAAACUAGAUUUUGAAAAAUCCAAGACCUACCAAUUAAAUGUUCAGGCUAGUGACCAAGGGGGAUUCACUGAUACGUGCAAGGUUAUUAUUCAAAUACUUGAUGAGAAUGAUAAUGUCCCCACAAUACAGCUUAUGUCAUUUUCUAAUUCGAUAUCGGAGGAUUCUCCCCCGGGGACAACUAUAGCUGUUGUUAACGUUGAUGAUGAAGACUCUGAUGUUAACGGUGUUGUUAAGUGCUCCAUUAACUCUGACGUACCUUUCAAAAUUGAGUCUUCGUUAACAGGAUAUUACACUAUAGUAACAGAGGACUUCUUAGACAGAGAAAGUACCCCUGAGUAUAAUAUCACCAUAACCGUCUCUGACCAAGGCUCUCCGCCUCUGUCUAGCAGUAAAAAGAUUAAUGUUAAAGUGUCUGACGUGAAUGACAGCCCACCCAAAUUCGACCAAUCAGAAUAUAGGAAGACUGUAAAAGAGAACAACUCUCCUGGGUUGUCUGUGUUUACUCUCAGUGCUAGUGAUGCAGACUGGGGCCAAAACGCCCGAGUGUCUUACUUCCUAGAGGAGAAAGAGAUUAACGGAGUAGCUGUGUCGUCAUUAGUGUCAGUAAACUCAGAAAAUGGUGUCAUUCAUGCAGUGAGGUCGUUUGAUUAUGAACAAAUCAAGUGGUUUGAGUUUAAUGUAACUGCUCGUGAUGCCGGAUCACCUCCUCUGAGUUCAGUGGCUACAGUUAAAAUAAUGAUCCAGGAUCAGAACGACAACCCCCCUCAAGUUCUGUACCCAGUCCAGACCGGUGGCUCUCUGGUAGCUGAAAUGGUGCCUCGUUCAGCAGAUGUGGGCUAUCUGGUCACUAAAGUGGUGGCUGUUGAUGUGGACUCUGGACAGAAUGCCUGGCUCUCCUAUAAACUGCAGAAAGCCACAGACAGGGCGCUGUUUGAAGUGGGCUUACAGAAUGGAGAAAUAAGAACUAUCCGCCAGGUGACUGAUAAAGAUGCUGUGAAACAAAGACUGACUGUUAUAGUGGAGGACAACGGGCAGCCCUCUCGUUCAGCUACAGUCAUUGUUAACGUGGCGGUGGCGGACAGCUUCCCUGAAGUGCUGUCAGAGUUCACUGACUUUACACACGACAAGGAAUACAAUGACAACCUGACUUUUUACUUAGUGUUGGCUCUGGCAGUAGUUUCCUUCCUCUUCAUCACGUGUUUAGUGGUUAUUAUAUCAGUGAAAAUCUACAGAUGGAGACAGUCUCGCAUCCUAUAUCACUCCAAUCUCCCUGUCAUUCCAUAUUAUCCACCACGUUACUCAGACACUUUGGGGACAGGGACUCUCCAACACGUGUACAAUUACGAGGUGUGCAGGACGACUGACUCCAGAAAGAGUGACAUGAAAUAUAUGCAACCGAUGAGUCAAAGUUUAGUGAGUGUGGAUGGAGAUGCGGCUGAUACACCGCAGGUGGAAAAGCAACUUCUUCCCUCCUACAGUAUCUAG